CAGCAAAGGUGCCGAGGCCCCGGCCCUCGUCCAAGGCAACCCACGACCAGCGAAACAUGCGGCGACGAACGCCGCCGGCAGCCUGCCCCCGACCAUGGCGCUUCGAGGGAGAGACGUAGCUCUUGCCGGCGUCGCGUGCUUUAUCGCCUGGGGCUAUGCCGUCAAUUGGUUCCCGGUGCUGCGCUGGGCCGGCCACGCCUUUGUUGGCGGUGUGCUGUUGACCGUCGCUGCCCUGCUCGCUGCCCUGCUCGCGCUUGUGCUCCUGUCCUCGCGCGGCGGGGUCCGGCACCAGCUCCGGAAACCCGCCAGACCCCGUGCCGCCGCCUUUCUUGCGCCCGACGCAUGGACGACCGAGGUCGCCGCGCUGCGGCGGCGCCAGGCCUAUGCCAAGACGCCGUUCUGCCCCGAGUACCCCAGGCUUUCGGCCGCCCUCGACGAGGUCCUCGAGAACAUCCUCCGCGACUUCAUCCGCUCAUGGUACGGGAGCAUUAGCAGCAACCCUGUGUUUACCGACGAGGUCGACAAGGCCAUACGGGGCGCACUGCUUCAGGUCCGCGACCGGCUGCAGAGCCUGGACCUCGCCGAGGUGAUAACGACGCGCCUCGUUCCCAUCAUGACCGCACACUUCCGCGACUUCGCUGACGCCGAGCGCUCGGUGAGGGGGCGCAAGCUGAAUCGGUCCGUCACCGAGACGGAGGAGUUGGACCUUGCGAUUGCGUCAAAAUACAAGCGAGGCAAGCUUCAUCCGGCUGCCAACCUGGCCUUCUCGGAUACCAAGACGGUCCAGCAGGAUUACCUGCGGCAGACCAUGUCCAGGAUUCUGCCUAGGGUCUUGCCCGAGAGUUUGCUUGCCUCGAGAGCCGUCUCGAUCCUAAUCCGCGAGAUCACCGCUUGCGCCGUCAUGUUCCCCGUGAUGCAGAUGUUGUCGGACCCGGAUACGUGGAACCAGUUGAUGGAGAACUACGGCAGGACCGUCCUCCAGGACCGCUCCACUGUCCGCAGGCUCCGUGCCGCGCUAGAUCAACACGCCUCCCCGGCCCCGAAGUCCGGCAGACCCAUCGCCUUUCCGCGUCUGACCCCCACGGACAGCGAGCGGAGAUUCGAGAAGUUCAUCAGGGCCAUUAGGAAGCUCAACAACCUCUCGGAUGCCAGGCGUUUUCGCAGCGAAGUUGCCAGCCAGCUCAAGAGAGACUCACAGCAGGAGAAUGCGGAUCAGGUUUAUCUGCGCCGGCUGGAGAUGGGCAAGCGCUUGCUGGAUCAGAGGGUGCAGCACUUGGCCGCUGGAGGCGGGCGCCGACCACUUCCCCCACCCAUGGAGCCCCCCGCACCGAGCGAGUCGCGGCUGGAGCAUGCUUCGCUCGCCGAGCUACUUCGGGACCCCUCCGCUCUCUCCUACUUCAUGGAGUACAUGGACCGGCAGCGCCUUAUGCCCAUGGUCCAAUUCUGGCUUGUCGUGGAUGGCUUCCGCAACCCUCUUGAGGAUGAUGGCCCCGAGGGUGAGCAACUACCGUUGCAGCUACCCCCGUGGACCGAAUCAGACAGGCUCGACCUCGCGCAGAUCGACGCUGCCUACCUCAGCAGGCCCGAGCUGAAAGUCCCAGACUCCUCGAAGCGCACCAUCCAGGAGUUCCUCCAGGCUGGGAAGCAGGCAACACCUGAGCAGUACUACAGGGCGCGCAGGGCCAUCCUGCGGGCGCAGAGCGCCGUUCUGGAAGAGAUGCGCGUCAAGUACCUGCCAAGCUUCAAAAAGUCCGAUCUGUUCUUCAAGGCGCUGGCGGCCGAGGAGGCCUCAAGGCGCACGGCGUCCUCCACCCCCGUGCCCAGAUCUGGGUCCCCUCUCCCUCGAACCAACUCCUAUAACGCUUCCAAGCCGAGUCCCGUGCCGCGCCUCGGCCACAGGCUGCAUGCAGGUCCCAUCAACCGGCGCUCAGGCUCAACGUCCGACCUAAACGGCAUGCAUGCUAACGCCAACAACGGCCUCGAUCCACUGAUUCUCGCUCCCCGAAGAUCCGUGGACGAGCCUCGCUCCCCGCCCCCCCUAUUCGAUGAAGAUGAAGCUGGAGAGGACGCCUUGGCGGAUUCCGUGGCCAGCCUGGAUCAAGACGCGAGUGCAGCGCCACCGGUACCCGAUACGAAGGUGGUCCAGGCUAUGGAACAGGCGCUCAACGACAUCCUUGAGGAGAGCAAACCGCCAACCACGGAAGAUCUGAGAGCGUCAUUGUUCGGCUAUGACGACGCCGGAAGCGGUAUUUUCUCUCCGGUUAAGGGCCGGUCGAAUAAUGAAGGGUCACCUGCAGCUGCACCGACGUCGAAACGAGGAUCAGUGGAUCUGUCAAGAUCCAGUGGGAGCUUAUUUGAUGCCCCAAGACAUAGUGGUGACCACGCUAGGUCGAGUAGAGGCUCGCUAGACGUGGAACGACCGAAUAAGGGACAAGAAAAGCCCAGCUUGGCGUCUCUGGGCCUCGUGAGCGCGGCGUCGCGGAUCGGCGUGUUUGUCGACGACGACCUCUUUGGCGACGAGGGACAAUUUCUGUCUGAUGAACCCUCCGACUCGGAUGGGGACGGGAAUGAUGACGAUGCCGAUGCGGUGCACGAGGCGGCCCCGGGCGAUCUCGGCCUCGCAGAGGCGAUCACAGCGCUGACCAACGACAUCGACAAACUUUAUACUCAAGAAGCCGUGGUGGAUUCUCUGCUGAAGAAGGCCGAGCUGACCAACAACAUGGCCGAGUUGAGGAUCCUACGCAAGUCUAAGGCAAGUCUCCAGAGAGAGAUACGCCGCAAAGAGCUGCAGAGGCAGCAGUACGUCAUCCAGGAGAGCGACAACAGCCUCUAUGGGCGCUCGACCAUCAAGAUCAAGUCGAUCCAAGUAGGUCGCGAGGAGGACGGCAAGGAAUUCGCCGUCUACGCCAUCGAGGUGUCGCGAAACGCCGGUGAAAGAAUGCCCGCGGCCACGUGGGUUGUCUACCGCCGCUACAGCGAGUUCCUCGAACUACACCAGAAACUGCGCUCCCGCUACCCUUCGGUGCGCAACCUCGACUUCCCCCGCCGCCGCGUGGUCAUGAAGCUCCAAAGCGAAUUCCUCCAAAAGCGGCGGGCCGCUCUCGAGAAAUACCUCAGUGAGCUGUUGCUCCUCCCCGACGUCUGCCGCAGCCGCGACCUGCGCGCCUUUCUCUCGCAGAGCGUCAUCACAGCUGCGAAGGGAGGCGAAAGCGGCGCCGCCGAGCGCGAAGACGGAAACAGCGGCUCCAAGCAGAAAGACAUGAUCUCGCGCCUCUACGACUCGGUCGCCGACGGCAUGGAGGACAUCCUGGGCAGCAUCCCCGUGCUGGACCAGCUCUCCCUUGCCGGCCAGAACCUCAUCGCCGCCGCGACCAACCAGCUCCAGUCUUCGACGACGUCCCUGGGCGGCCUCAGCGAGGACGCCGCCGCGGCAGCCGCGGCAGGCAUAGGCGGGGCCGAAGCCGAAGCGGAGCUCAACGCCUUCGAGAGUAAGGAGGCCGCCGCCGAGGAGCCCUUCGUCAAGCCCAUCUGCGACAUCUUCCUCGAGGUCUUCGAGCUCAACCGCGGCAACAACUGGCUGCGCGGCCGCGCCGUCGUCGUCGUGCUGCACCAGCUGCUGGGCGGCACCAUCGAGCGCAAGCUGCGCGAGAACGUGCGCGCGCUCGUCCAGGAGGACGCCAUGCUGCGCUACGUCGCCCUGCUGACCGCCGCGCUGUGGCCCUCCUCCUCCUCCUCCUCCUCCUCCUCCUCCGGCGCUGGCGGCGGCGGUGAUAGCAGUGUUACGAAUGUCAAGAGGUUGCCUCGCUCGCCCGCGGAGAGGGCGCGCACGCGCACCGAGGCCAGCCUCACGCUUGCUACGCUCGUGCCCGAUCUCGCCGGGAGCGUGGUGGGCAGGCAGAAUGCGCAGGCGGCCAGCCGCAGGGUGUUUGCCACGUUUAAUAAUGCGCGGUUGAAUGCGCAUCUGGCGUUUACGCUGCUGGACGAGUUGGUUGAUAUCUUGUUUGGGGAUUAAGCGGGCACUUCGACCGGGGAUUUACUGUGGAGCGGCUGCAUCGCAAUGGCGUUCUGUUCUGAACUGUCGGGGUCACCUACCUAUCUGUUGGGUCUUGGUUGAUGAGGGUUAUGUAUCUCUUUUGUUGUCUGAGUCUGGAGGCGUCAUGGCUGGUGUGGGUGCUGAAUCUAGCAGUAGUUAAUCUGCGGU